ACUGGAAAAAGUUGUUUGCGCUCUUGGCUGUUAGCUUUUGUUGUUUUAUAAAAUAAACUGAAUUUCGAGUAAUUUAUCAGUACAUUUUGAUAAAUAAUUAUGGAACCUUUCAAUUUAGUAUAAUAUUCGUGCGAUGUAUAGAAACGAAAUUGAUUAACCGGUGAUCAAAGUUUUUUCGAGUACGAACAAUUCGCAGUAAUAGAUUUCAAAGUGUAACAGUAUGCGUUUUCAGUUCGAUUUGCCGAGUCAAAACUCAUCUACGUAAUUAAAUUAUUCUAGAUAAUAUCAAGAAUCGACGUGAUUACCAAAAAUGACGAACGAAAUUGGAUAUCUGAUUCAAGCCAACGAUGAAGCCGAACAAGCAUAUCAGUACCCUGUCUCCCAAGAUUAUCUUAUUGGUAGCAGUGUCGAAUGCAAUUUGAAAAUCACCGCUGAAGAUGUCUCGGAUCUGCAUUGUCGUAUUAGAUUUACGAAUAACGAGGUCUGCAUAUUCAGCCUCAGUACGCAAAAUCCUGUUUACGUAAACGAACAACCAGUUUCCGAAGAAGGUAUAGCUCUUAAUGACACAGAUGUAAUACGUAUUAACGACGAUCAUCAGUUCAAAUGGAAGACCACCACUGAUCGAAGAAUUUUUUCCAGGUCGCUCCCAUUGGAUAAUGCUCCAGAAUCCGCGGUCGAAGUGAAUGCAAGAUAUUCCGAUUCUGCUUUAAUUACGUGGAAAAAUGUGGAUUGUGUUCCUGAAGAAUCUACGGACGUGACUCUUCGAAAUGCGCCAAUUCAGCAAGAUGAGGAUAACCAGGUACGUGAAGAAGAGAAAUUAUCUGAAACCGACAGCGUUGAAAAAUCAAACGUAUCAAUUCCAUACGAAAUAAACCGUUCAACUGUCGAAUGUGGAAAUAAAUCUAAAAGCUUCGUGAGUACGCCGGUAAAAUCUCACGAAUCAGUGAAUCCGGUUUCUCCGUUUGCUGCAUCAAAUGCGUCUGUUUCUAAUUCCAAAAAUAACACCAGCAAAAUUUCACAUAUUCCUGACGAAUGUACGACGGACGUAACUCUUCGAAAUGAGUCACUUCAGCAGGAUGUUAGUGAUGAAUCGAUAGAUGAAGAAAAGAUAUUAUCUAAAAAUGACGGUGUUGAAAAAUCAAACGUAUCUAUUCCAUACGAGAUGGACCGUUCAUCCGUUAAAUGUGGAAAUAAAUCGAAAAGUUUUGUACGUACGCCGAUAAAAUCUCAAAAAGCAAUAAGUCCGGUUUCUCCGUUCACUGCAUCGAACGCGUCUGUUUCAAAUUCCAAACAUAGCACCAGUAGAAUUUCGCAUCAAAAUGAUGACACUGAAGCGGAACUGGAUUGCUCCGCAAGAAAUAUACCGGAAGAUAUGUUAGAAGAUUUGAUGUCCCAACCAGGCAGUCAAAAAGCUUUCCAUUCUACUCCAAAAGCGCCUGUGGAAUCGAAGAAUCGAAAAAUCGCCCGUUCUUCGUCAUCGGUUCUCGAAGAUGCGAAUUUCGAAAAAGAUAACGAAAUCGAUACCUCGGAUCUAAUGAUGCAUUACGACGUAGCAGAAAAAACUGCCCCAACGAGUGAAAAAUCACUGUGUAACGAAUCGAAAAGACUCAAUUCAGCUUCGAAAAAGUCCGCAAUCACUCCAACGAAACGUGCUUCCGAACAGAUAACCGAAAGUCGUCGCAAUACGCGAGGUAGAACAUCCCUGCUGAGAAAAACAUUCGAAGAGAAUUCUUGCGACAACGAAGCGAAAUCAUUGACUACGCCGGAGAAGUUGGCAGAAGCGAGUAAUAUUACUCAGACUUCGUUUCUCGUCGAUUCCGAAAUGGAACACGUUACUGAUACGAAUUUGGAGUACAAAUCUUUGAACGAGUCUUCGAAAGCCGCAUUAGUUUCGGUAUCGGAUGAAAACGAUACCUGCGAAGCGUCGUUUAUCGAUAAAUACAAAAUGUGCAACGUUGUGAAAAAUACAUCCGCUUCGAAAGCCGAUUUGGUGGCGAAAUGCGCUCGUAAUCUGUCGUAUAUUUCGCCUCCGGAGAAUAACCGUAGUCAAGAGUACAUGGAUUCGAUGGUUACUACGCCUCAGAAACAUUCCACCUCGGUGCACGACAACGUAACUGAGAAUUGCAGCAUUAUGACGCCUUCGUUUCUAUCAAACACCAAAGAUUCGUCGUACGACGAAAGUAUAAAUACGUCUUUAUCUUCGGCUCGCAAACGUCGAUCUACUGGCUUCACUCCGUUCGUUGGUACUCCUUCGAACGAAUACAGAGUCACGAGGAAAAUGUCGACACCGUUCAGUAGAUCAGUCUUGAGUCGAACUUCGGUCGAUUUCGAAGCGACUUCGCGAGAUAGUAAGCAGUCGUUCGAACGUAGAUCUACACCUUACAAAGUGCCAGCUGGUAAAUCAUCGAUGAGAGAUUCUAUCUCGUGUCAACCUACCAUUCAAGAGAAUGCAUCGUUCGAAGAAUUGGAAGCAGCUAAUCACGAGUAUGAUUCGAUCAACGAUCCGAAAUUCCGAUUUAUUACCAAAAGGCGUAAGCAAAGGUACGGUGAAAAUACCUUCGCCGAAGAAGACCGAAUUCUCGAAGAAAGCGAGCUGAAAAGCGAUUGCACCGAAGUGGAUAACGAUUGUUCUCUCGAAGAGGAAAAUACGAUAGCUUCUGUUACAAACGCAUCCAUCAUUUCGGAUGACUGCGAUGAACUUUCCAACGAAGAUGGAACUGAAACAGAAACGGCGAAGAAUGCGUUGGAAUUGAAAUCGAUUUUGACUCCGUUGCCUAAAUCUUUGGCUUUGAAAGAAAAAAGUGCCAAAAGAGUGACAUUUGUUUUACCCUCUUCGCCCGAGUGUACGAUUAAUAAAGAAGAUACCACGUUGAGUGUCGAAGAAUCUUUCGCUAUGAUCAGUUCUUCAAAACCGGCCACCGAUGAACGUAGUUUAGCUUACGAUAGCAUCACUUCCGACGAAGAACUACACGCUUCAGACCGUCAAGAGACUGAUUUAUCGUAUAAUACAGCCUCCGAACCGGAAGCUUCCUCGAUUGCGGAGAAAUGCGACGAAAGCUCUAUGAACAUUUCCAGUUCGCAAUCUCAAACAAAAAUACAAUCAAAUUUGAACGAUUUGAGCGGCGUCGAGCAAAUACAGUCUCCAGAGCCAUCGCCAACUAUACGUGAUGUGUCAGCUAUCGAAGACGAUGACGUUUUAGAAGCUGAUAGCGAAGCUAAUACUCCGCCCGAAGCAUCGAAACAUUCUUCCGCCAACAUCACCGACGUCGAAAGCUCGCUAGUUUCCUCGGAACCUUCAAAUCGAUCAAAUCUUGGUGACCAAGAACGUACUAGAACAUUCAUCGAAACCGAGUCUGCGGAAGAAAUUCAAAAUACAACCGCAAAUCACGAUUUAAACGAUAGAAAUUCAACGAAAAUCAGCUCCACUCCGGGAAUUCUAUUAUCCGGCAUUAAAACAUUAUUCAAGACCCCUGAAAAUCCCAGAAAAUCUACCGCCAGUACGGGUGGCAAACUGAGAUGUAUUUUGAAUUUCACACCCAGCUCGGGUAGCAAAACAAACACCGGAAAAUCAGCUUCAGCCCGAAAAUCUGUCGAUGUGACCAGAAAAACCGCUUCUGUGACGUCAUCCAGGAUGUGUAAAUCUUUAACUAUGAAUGAAAUUUCAAAAUCAAAGUCUCUAUCUGUCGAAGAAAUUCAAAUCGACCAAUCGAAAGAAACUAUCGAAGCUACUGAGAAAGAAAUCGCCGUUGAAAAUGUAUCCAACGAAGAUUCCGCUUCAGUCGAACUCGUAGCUGAUUCAACGAAUGAGACCAGCACCGCAGAUAUCGUAAUACCAGAAAUCGUUGUGACCGAAGCCACAUUCGUUGAUCAAAAUCAGAAUAAUCAAACUCUAGAAUUGACGAAUGAAACCCCAGAGGAACCAAUGGUCGAAGAUUCAAACGUCGAGUCAUCGAACGAAACUCAGAUUCGUGAUGAAAGUAAAUUAGAAACGUCCGAUCGCGAAGAAGAAACGAAUUCUCACAACGAUGAAACCGUUUCGUUCGAAGAGAGAUUGACUGAUGAUGCAGAGUCUAAAUUUGAAACAUCUGAUCACGAAGAAGAGACGAAUCCUCAAGACGAUGAUACCGUUUCGUUCGAAGGCAGCUUGACCGAUGAUGCCGAGUCUCCUGUAAUUACCCAAAAACGUCCCAGCUCUGUUUGCAACAUCGAGCUUGAUUCCAAAUCCUCUCCUGAAAGUGAAACCAGACCAGAAGAGAACAAAUCUCUCACGAUGGUCAGCUUCAAAGAAAAUGAACCCGAAAAAGCUGCCGAUUCGGACACAUCUGGCGAUACUUCAUCUAUAGACGUGCCUUCAGAUGCUUCAACUUUGCCAAUGUUCGAAUGCGCAGCAGAACCAGUCAACGAAUCAGCAUCUUCUCUCGAAGUUAUGGUUUCGGAUCGCGAUAAUUCGCGAUUAUGCGAUCCUCUGUCUCCGGAAAAUAUCAACGAUGCUAAUUCUUCGAAAACAAGUAUCACCGAAAGCAGCUGUAAUAAUUCGCAGUCGUACGAUUCGCCAUCGAAACACACCAGCGACUUGGAUGCUUCGAAAAUAAGCGUAAUCGACGAUAGUCUGGAUAAUUCGCAAAUAUCCGAUACAUUCUCAACAGACUGCAACGAUUUCGAUACCCUGAAAAAGGACGACGUCGCAACUAAUCUCGAUAAUUCGGUAACAGGUGCAUUGCUGUUCAAAGAAACCGAUCGUAUCGAUGUAUCGCAGCAUAACGCCAGUCGUAAAAACAAUAUCGUCGAAUGUCUCUCCGCGGAAACCGUAAUGGCGAUCAACGUCACCCAAAAACUCGAUGAAAUAGAAGACAAACUCGAUACGAAUUCCGUCAACGUAUCUCGAAGUACCGCCAGUUCCCAAGAAGAAGGUAUAAAAAUAAACGCCAGCAGUGGUCUGAUCAACGAUUUAGAAAAAGAAUUAGAAAGUACUCCCGAUCCAUCGGAUCCAUCCAGCGGCGAAGCUACUCCGUCACAAUUCUUUAAACCCGUAUCGUUCCCGGAAUCGUCCAACACUUCGAGAAUCGAUUCAGCUGUGUCAACUCUGCCUGAGGAUUUCACCAAACCCGAUUUACCAUCGGAAAUCGACCCGAAUGCUGGAAUUUUCACUCCGAUCAGAAAUGCAUUCAGAGAAAGCUCGACUCCUCGAUCCUCCGUGAUCAGAUGUAGAAAAAGUCUACGAAUCCACAAAUGUAAUCCGGAUAACACUGCGAAUAAAUCGUGCAUUUCUUUACACGAUUGCAGCAUUAUAUCGGACGAGUCUCAAACGCAAGCUGAUGUUGAAAAUAUCCAAAGUACUGGUGAAAUUCACGAGAAACACGUCGACGAGUCUCAAACACAACAUGACGCUGGAAAUGACAAAGAACAUGUCGUCGACGAGUUGAAUAUCGAAUUGGCUACCGUCAACGAGAAAUGUGACGUGAUCCAAGAAUUAUCCACAACCGAAGAAAACACACCCGAAGAGCAGAGCGAACCGGUUCUGUGUCCAGAAUCCACUCAACUUAGUUACUCAGUCCUUUCGCCAUCUCAUUCGGCUACAUCUCCUACUCAGGAAAUCACGAUUUCAACAAAUCAAGCUGAUUUAUCAACGACAGACGACGAGCAGCUCGAAAAUCCAUCUAACGAAAUCGUCGAAAACGCCUCUACUGAUCCGAUAGAGUCAUCCGAUGUACACCAAGUUACUGCUGAUGUUUCGAAAGCCCCGACUGUUGAUGAGAACAUCAGCCAGCAAUCCGUCGAUACGGUUAUCGAUAAAAGGAGAAGUUUGAGAAUUCGUAAAGAUCAUCAAGAAGUUGUCACUAGAACUCGUCAAAGAGGUCCGCAAUCCCUCAAAACGAAAAUGAUGCAGCUGAAGGAAGAUUUGGAGAAAGAGCACGAUGAUAAAGAAAACGUCUGUUCUUUAUUGAAAGUUAUCGAUAAACCGAAUGAUAAAACAAAGAAAACGGAGCUAUCUACUGAUCAGAUAACUGCAGAAGAGCCAUCAGUGACAGAGAAGAAACCAAGAAACCAGCGCCGUCUAAAAAAUGUCGAAAACAUCGCCGGCACCGAAGCAGAGUCUCAACAAUCCGUCGAAGAAGCCGCCGGUGGUAAACGGUCUUGUUCCAUUGUACUGACUCCGCUUGAUCCUGAAAUCAUUAAGAGUCCAGUCAAAAUCGACGAAAGCGAUAACAUCUCCCCCAUAAACGAACCAGCAGCUUCGUCGAAGAGAAAACGCACCACCAAAGCUGCCACCAAAACCGAACAAAAACCAGCUCCAUCCACUUUUCGAACCAGACAAAAAACCGUUAAAGCGGUUACUUUCGAUAUCGCUGAAAGAAAAUCAGAAGAGGUUGCUCAACAAACCGCCGAAAACGAUGCUCAGUCCGAAACUACUUCUAAAAAACGAAACCUUCGAAGCAAACCGAGCAUAGUAAAACCAGCUGCUGCCAGCAAAUCGAAAAAAAUCAACGAACCGGAAAAAAAUUACGAAGUUAAUAAAACCAUAAAAAUUCAAUUGGAACCCGUCGAUGAAAGUUUCACCAGUCCGAUCCAACCUGUUGAUAAAAGAACGAGAUCCAAACGUGUUGUAGCUACAACAACGACGACGACGAAAGCUCAAAAACCAGAAAAAGAAACGAAAGAGACGAAAACCAAAACUCCCAGAGCAACGAAACGUGCUCCUGAAAACGUAGAAGAAGAAAAUGCACCCGAGCUACCGAAGAGAAGACGUAUUAGAGCCGAACUUGACGACGAGAGUUCUUCCAAAAAAUCCAAACGUGGUGCUGAAAACGUAGAAGAAAAUACAGCCGAACUUCCAAAGAGAACACGCGUUAGAGCCAAACUCGACGACGAGAGUUCUUCCAAAGAAAACGCCAAAUCCAAUAAUAAUAACGAAAUCGUGAAAGAAUUGCCGAAAAAGACUCGCGCUCGGGCCAAAACCAACGUCCAAGUUGAACCCGAAACCACAGCGAAUAAUCUAAUCGGUAAACCUACCCGAGCUACGAGAAACAAACCCGAAAAUGUUACCAGCGACAGUAGCACUAGUGCUAAAAAACGUGUCAUCGAAUCAUCAACCCAGAUCAACUCUGAAAAAUCCAACAAAAAGACGAAAAUGGUCAAAGGCGUCGAACUCGACGAUUCUUUCAAAACUGCAGCUGUGAAAAAAGCAACGAAAAAACCGACACGUAAUAUUACCAUCGAAGAACCUGUCGCUAGCACAUCUAAGAAAAUUCUGACUCCAAGAGUAACCCGAAGCAGGAAAACUGAAAUCGUAAAAAGCAAAACACCUCCGCCAAAAAUUACCGCAAAAGGAACCCGAGUCGCGAAAAAGAAACCCAUCGUUGUCGAUGAUGAAGAUACUCCAGUCACUUCGAAACGUACCGUCAACGUGAAAAAAUCUCCUACUCCGGUCACUUCAAAACGAGCCGUAGUAACACGAGCUAAAAAAAUAUCCGUACAGAAAGGCAGAAUAUCAUCAACGUUGAAAACUACCAGCAGAGGUUCCCUCGUUGUACGAAAAUCUGCCAGAACUGCUUCGGAGGAGAAAACGACUUCAAACACGAGAAGUACUCGAAGACGAGCGAAUUAAUUGCUCUACUUUGACACCGAUAAUCAUGUACGUAAACAAAUUUACCACGUUGCUGUCAAACUGAAUUGAAUCUUGGCGAAAUACGAAUUUAUUUUGAUUGUUAUCGUUGUAAUUGUAUUUUUGUGUAUUUUUAUUUGCAUUUUUUUCUCGUUAUGUUGAGCAUGAUUCGAUUUUUUAUUCAAGUGAAUUCUAUAUUUAUAUAAAUUUUUAUUAUUAUUUUAACAAUUAUUAACGUUUUAUUUUUAUUCGAACUAAAUUGCAGGAAAAGUACCUAGUUUUACUGUUCUGCAAGACUGUAAAUUAUUUAACUAUUAUGUAAAAAAAAAAAAUUAUGAUCAUUUUGAGAUUUUAUUUCUAUUUUUAUACAUCAUAUUAUUCUUAUUGUUAGUUUGAUAACUUAUGAAAAUUUUAUAUCGGUGUAAUUAUUAUUUUUUUUAGCAAUACUCAGGAUGAAAAAAAUGUUCAUCUUAUCUACUUAAGUACAUAUUUUGUGUAUACUUGAUUAUUGAAAAUAGAAUAUCAAAAAUGGCGUUUUUAAAAUUA